UCUCCAUUUCGGCAACUGUACGAGGGAUGAGCAUUGGCAGUUCUACUAAUCCCUUUCUAUCAUCAACAACAAGGAGGGAAAAGAGGGACAGACAAAUUGCUAUUGUAGCUAUUAUAUGUCUGACAGUAUUAUAUCUCUUUCUUUCAAGCACUUCAUCAUCCACUAGUGCCAAUGCUAUUGUAAAUAGUCAUCAAUCACUUUAUCAACAAGAUCAUAAUGAAAAGGACAAUCGAACAGUAAAAGAUGACAUCAUACCAGUGACGAUGCCUGAUCCAUUUGAGUUGCAUAAACCCGAUUCAACAGAAAAGUUUAUUACUUACUUGCCUCAUUCAGGCUUCCAUAAUCAGCGUAUAUCAUUAGAAAAUGCAUUUUUGCUUGCCUCCUAUUUGAACAGAACCUUACUUUUGCCACCUGUAUAUCUAGCCAGUCCUGCGUUCCCAUGGCUGCGAUUUGACAAGAUGUAUGAACGCAUCUUGCUUCAGACCAAGAAUGGCAUCGAGUAUUGCGGACAGCUUCGUGAAGGCGAACCUUUGCCACCAGAAUGUCUCAACUAUGCCCACUGGACGUCUGUACCAUGGACCUUCUUUUACGACUUUGAAGGAAUUAGCAAGAAAAUACGAGUUAUAUUCCGCAACGACAUGAGUCUAGAGUGGAUACGUGACGAGCUAUCAAGCGAUAUUUAUUUCAUCAAGGACAAUUCACCGUUUGACUAUCGCAUCUAUGACCUUCCCGAAUCACAAACACCACUACAGCGAUUUGUUCAUCGUCUUGAAUUGGAUGCGCUUGAGGCAAUUCAAGCCAAGGUUAUCCACUUUGGAUCUUUGUUUGGGUCCUACCGUGUGCUGGCACAGUCUGAGGAACACAAAGAUCUGCUGACAUGGGUACGAAGGAACAUGGUUUUCCAAAAUCCUGUACUGCUUCAGACUGCAUCACGAAUUGUCAAUCAAUUGGGAGGCGUUAAGCAAUUUGUCGGAAUCCAUCUCAGAGUUGGAGAUGGACUCUUUAAGGUACGAGCAAGCAUUCAUGUAGACGAUAUCUACCAUCAGCUGGUAAAUGAGUAUACAGAUUUGACGGUAGAUGAAGUGGCACAAUAUGAUAACAGGCAUGAUGAUGAUAGAAAAGAGGAUACAAACUAUGAAGUCAAACAGUUAAGAGAUACGCCCGUGCUUGAAGCCGUUCAGCAACCCAUCCAAGUGACUCAUCCUCCUGAUACAAUUCUUCAAGCCAGGUUAGGAACAUCCACCAAACAUCAUCUCAAGUGUCAAUCCAGUGAUGGAAGAAAUAACCAAUUUGCAAAAACAGCCAUUUAUAUUGCCACAGAUUGUCCAAAUCCACGCGAACAUCCUCUGCUCCAAAAGAUCUUCAAGACCUUCCCAUGUGUCUUUGUGCUUUCUGACUUCAAAUCCGAUCUAAAAGAACUGACCAAGAUCAAGGUUGUUGAAGACAAUGUUCAUUUAGAAUCCUAUCUUAUUCCCAUGAUCGAUGCUAUUAUCGCAGCUCAAGGAUUUGAUUUUUACGGCACAAAUUCGAGUACGUUUUCGACUUAUAUAGAAAGACAAUUACACCCUAUGUACACAAAUGAGCCUAUUAAGCUAUUUGAUGCACCUUCUCUAUAAAUAAUAAACCUUAUCUAAACUGGUGAUAAAGCUCAAAUGAACCUAUAUCUAUUACUUGCAAAAUAAGAACAAGUGCAACAGAGUCCACCUUGAAUAAAGCAAGCCUUACAAACAUGACACUUUAUUGUUAUAUUUUAUAAAUAACCCCCUUUUUUAUUACAUCCCUUUUAAUCUUUCAAGGAAGAGAAAAAGAUAUGCUUUUUUUUUGAAACAAAACGCUAAAAGC